UUUAACUUGUAGAUGCGGAAGUCAAACCACGGAUUGAAAUUCAAGUCCGACUGGAACACAAGUUCGUGGACGUCUCGAUCUAAAGUGCUGGUUUUGAUUUUUGGAUCUAGGUUUGAGGAGAGUAAAGUAGAAAGCUUCUGCUGUCACCUUACAAAAUCUUACAAACUGAAGCAGUGUGAAGAUGGCGUAUGCAGGUGACCGGCUGUAUAAUGAGGUUAUCAGGAAAAUGAUGGGUGAUUUGGCCACAAAAGUUAGAGUGAGAGAAAUCAUAGCUCACUUACCCUGCCUCACACUUUCUGAUCGGGAGGAGAUAGAGGCUAAAAGAGAUACCUGUGGAAACUUCAAUGCUAUAAUGUUGCUGCUUGAGAACCUACAGAGACGAGAGAACUGGCCUGAUCAGUUUAUCUCAGCACUGCGGACAUGUGAGCAGCGGGCUCUGGCCAAUGAGAUCCAUGAAGCUUAUGACCGAAUCAGGGGAAUCCGCACCCAGAGGACUUCUGCUGCUUCAGCCCCUGUCCCUCCUGAUGCUGCCACAUCUGUCAGUCCUGCAGCACCUCCUGCUCCUGCUCCUGCCCCCGCUGCUACUGUAGCACCCAGUCCAGCCCCAUAUCCAGCAGAGGCUUCAGCAAAAGUUACCACGGCAUCAAUCCACAGUGUCCCGCACUCCAUCCCACCCUUGCUGACUCCUUCAGUGGAAAACUUGGCUCAAUCAGCUACUCCUCCUAUAAAUUCUCCCCCAGGGCCCAAUUCUAACAUAGCUGCUCCAGCCUCGACUGAAGGCCCUGCUUCAGUUUCAGCUUCAGGUGCUCCAGUACACCCUCCUCCUGAAUCAGCCCACCCUGCUGAACCUCCACUGUUAGUCUUAUCUCCAGACGCAAGGCCCCCUUCUCCAGUCUCUGCUCCUACAUUGACCCCCACUAUUGGGCAAAGUGAAAUCCCAGUCAGCUCGAGAGAAACAUCCACACUGGGUAUCUCGGAUGCUUCUGCUCCUGUAAAUUCUUCCCCAGAGUCCUGUUCUAAAAUUGCUCCUCCAGCCUUGACUAAAGCCCCUGCUUCAGUACAGCCUCCUCGUGAACCAACCCACCCCAUUGAACCCCCAUUGUUGGGGUUAGCACCAAAUGCAAUGCCCCCUUCUCCCGUCUCUGCUCCUAAGGUGACCCCCUCUGUUGGGCAAAGUGAAAUCCCAGUCAGCUCUAGAGAACCAUCAACACUGGGUAUCUCAGGUGGCCUAACUAAUACUGCCCUUUCUGGACCAUCCUCAGUUGCUGCACCUACCCUUCCAACUAACUCAGUAUCCACAUCCUCCCAGGUUAACAAACCUACCACCACUUCCCAGUCUUCUGAUUCACCUGAGAAGAGCGAAGUUCCAAUUUGCACCAGUUCUGUGAAACACCCCAUCCAAGACACAAACCCUCCUGGGUUAGCCCAGGACUCAGACAACCCAGUAAUCAAUCAGGUUGUAGAGAAGGUAGACACUGCAGUGUUUCCAAACUGCCAGACUCAGGAAACAGCACAUGCCUCAGCUUCAGCAUCUACAGAUGCUGUUGAUGGCAUCACAGCAGAAAAUGAAGAGUAUUUUAGCAAGCCUGGUGUUCUAAGAGAACCAGAACCCUUCUCAGUCAGUUCUGAGCCUCUACAGAUCAGCCAUAUGUCCAGGGAACAUUCACCAAACCAUCCAGCCAACCCCCACAGGGCUGAAGAACCUGUUGCUGAUUCUGUCUCAUUCUCUACUGAUGAGCUGAUGAUCAGCUCUUCCACCACAGCUGUUCAAUCACCACAUGUUUCUGACCUUAUAGCCCCUGUUCAGAACUCUACUCCUAGGGCAAUGGAAAACGGCUUGCCAGAAGGUGAUAGUAAUUCCUAUCCCAAUCAGCCAGUGGAGGACCACUAUGAGUCUGUCCAUCAACGUUUGCAGACAGAGCCAGAGACAAGAAUGCACAUUGUUGAGUAUUCUGAAGGGAAAUCGGUCCAAAAUCUCAGUGGUCAGCCUCCAAGCAUGGCUGGACCAACCACAAUAGGCUUAAGCCACAAUGAUGAAACUGAGAGUCUUGUUCACUCUGUUUCUGAAGAUCAGUGUAGCCAGGGCAUCUUGCAGUACAUGGAGGGAAAUAAUUCCAGUGAGCAGACGAAUCUUGCUGCAGGUUUAACAACCUGUGUAGAGCCAGCCCCAAGUACUCAUCAAGGGUCAGAACUAAAUGCUUCAAGCCAGAUUAAUAUCCCUCAAUCAGGGCAGCAAGAAGAGUCCCAGGGAGUGCUGCACCAAUUAAAGUCUAACUCGCGCCUUAUUGCAGCUGCAGCUAUUGGCAUGACCGCUGCCUUUGUGGCUUUCAGGCUCAGGCCCUAAUAUCAGAGCAGCUACGCUCCACCACUGGUGCCUUGAGAAAAAAAAAAAGAGUGCAUGUCUUACCAUAAGACAUGCACUCUAGGGUUGCUCUGACCAUUCUGUUUUAUUUAUUACCUUUAAACUAUAUUGUGCCCAGUAACUGACCAAGUUUCAUUUACCCAGUAACUAGCCAACUUUCUGCUUGUGAUGAUCAUGUAGAAAUUUAAAUCAUUGAUUAAACCAGUAAUCCUAAUAUUUACCACUUUGAUUUCAGACUUACUGACAGUUAGUUAAGUCCGUUAGUUAGUUGCAUGUGCAUCAUGUCAUCAAUUAAAUGUAGGAUUUGUGUGAUCUGUCAAAUUACACAUUUUAUUUGGGUAAAGGUAACCCAGCGCAAGUAAGCAGCCGUCUGCUCCUGCAACCAUGAGGGCACUGGUCACGCACCCGCUUGUCACACUGGGGGUGAAAAACGGCGACCGCAGAAAAUUGGGGAAGGAAUGCGAAGAAUAAAAAAAAAAGUAUAGGCAGACGAGACGAAACAAAGAACACAAGCAGGAAAAAAGAGGAGAGGAGAGCAGAGAAAUGCGACCACCUUCCGUGAGAGUACGGAGAGAAAAAAAAUUUAGAAUAUGUGCAUAGUAGAAAUUAUUGACUAUUGUCAUUGCAUCUAGCAGUACAGCACUAACUCUACAAGCUCAAUAAAGUCAACAAACAUUCCAAGUGGAAUCUAAUGGUGUCCUUAUAAAAAGACCAAGUGAAACCCUGUGAAGCUUAUUUUGGGAAAUAAUCAGACUUUUAUCACUACCAAACCAAUCCUUAUACCAAAAGAAGACACUGUCUUUUAUUAUAAAUAUAUUUUAACAUGGAGAUUAGCUUUUUGCACUAAAGUUUGAAGACUGGGUACAGUCUCAACUGAAUUUUAACUGUGAAUGCAGGACUUUUUUCAAAGCCUUAUGGUUAUAUAAGUGAAUAAUGAAAUUAUUCCACUACUGGUAUAUUAACCACCGCAACAUCAUAAUGUAUAUGCAGUGCCCAAAUUUGUAUCAAUAUGUCAGCUAUGGGGCGGCACGGUGGUGUAGUGGUUAGCACUGUCACCUCACAGCAAGAAGGUCCGGGUUCGAGCCCCGUGGCUGGCGAGGGCCUUUCUGUGUGGAGUUUGCAUGUUCUCCCUGUGUCCGCGUGGGUUUCCUCCAGGUGCUCCGGUUUCCCCCACAGUCCAAAGACAUGCAGGUUAGGUUAACUGGUGACUCUAAAUUGACCGUAGGUGUGAAUGUGAGUGUGAAUGGUUGUCUGUGUCUAUGUGUCAGCCCUGUGAUGACCUGGCGACUUGUCCAGGGUGUACCCCACCUUUCGCCCGUAGUCAGCUGGGAUAGGCUCCAGCUUGCCUGCGACCCUGUAGAACAGGAUAAAGCGGCUAGAGAUAAUGAGAUGAGAUGAGAUGAAUGUUUUCACCAAAAAACAUUGUGUAGAGGUAAAUAUUAUAUAUUUAUGGCAUGUAUUCCAGUGCACAAACAUUUGCCAGCCAUGUACAAUUAGUACCUGUUUUUCUUUGCAAUGUGAUGCUGAUAAAUGCCACCUGAAUUAGCUAAAUCUCUAGGAUUGUUUAUAAGACUUUCCUAACUGUACUCUUUUAAUGAAACUGAGAUUACAUCCGUAUACACUGAUUUGUCACUGUAUAUAUGUGCACCUUGAAUGUUGUGGCUAUUUUUUAGGCCUAAAAUUAGAGGCUUUAGUUCACUUGUUAUUAUGCACAAUCUGUCAGCUGCCCUCUGACCUGUCGAUGAAUGGAAAGAGCACUCCAUCCUAGGACCACCACUGACCAGACAUUAUUUGGCUAGCAACACAUGGGCUGUAGUCAGUAAUUGUAUACCUGUAAACUGCACUUAUAUGCUGCCUGGGCAGGAAUACACAGCCAAUAAUUGUACUUACAAAUAGGCGUAGCUAUAAAGUAGCCAUUCGUUUUAUGCUCUGUCUUGUCUUAAUUAUUUUCUCUAUGUCUUAUUUGCUCUAAAGUCAGAUAUAAAUUAUCAUGUUCAUGAAAUAAUUGUAAGCAAAAUGAAAAAGUGGGAAUUAAAUAAACUUGUAUCUGGGGAAAAUAUCAA